AUGGACAAGUAUGAGGUUGUCAAGGAUUUGGGAGCUGGAAACUUCGGUGUUGCUCGUCUUCUUAGGCACAAAGAGACCAAACAACUCGUUGCCAUGAAAUAUAUCGAGAGAGGUCGCAAGAUAGAUGAGAAUGUGGCGAGAGAGAUUAUCAACCACAGAUCACUUAGGCAUCCAAAUAUCAUCCGAUUCAAGGAGGUGGUUUUGACACCAACUCAUCUUGCAAUUGUAAUGGAGUAUGCUUCUGGAGGAGAGCUCUUUGAAAGAAUCUGUAAUGCUGGAAGAUUCAGUGAAGCUGAGGCUAGAUACUUCUUUCAGCAGCUAAUCUGUGGCGUGGACUAUUGUCAUUCCUUGCAAAUAUGUCAUAGAGAUCUGAAGCUUGAGAACACAUUGCUUGAUGGUAGCCCUGCACCGCUACUGAAAAUCUGUGAUUUUGGUUACUCCAAGUCAUCGUUGCUUCACUCAAGACCUAAAUCAACUGUUGGAACUCCAGCUUACAUCGCACCUGAAGUCCUUUCUCGAAGAGAAUAUGACGGAAAGCAUGCGGAUGUUUGGUCUUGCGGUGUGACGCUUUAUGUGAUGUUGGUUGGUGGUUAUCCAUUUGAAGACCCUGAUGAUCCAAGAAACUUCAGGAAAACAAUCCAACGUAUAAUGGCUGUUCAGUACAAAAUUCCAGAUUACGUCCACAUAUCUCAAGAAUGCAGACACCUUCUCUCUCGCAUCUUUGUCACGAACUCAGCUAAGAGGAUCACGCUUAAAGAGAUCAAGAAGCAUCCUUGGUACUUGAAGAACUUGCCAAAGGAGCUUACAGAUUCUGCUCAAGCGGCUUACUACAAGAGAGACAACCCGAGCUUCUCUCUUCAAAGCGUAGAGGACAUAAUGAAGAUCGUUGGAGAAGCAAGGAGUCCAGCUCCGUCCUCUAGUGCCGUCAGGGGCUUUGAUGAAGAUGAAGAAGAUGUGGAGGACGAGGUCGAUGAAGAGGAAGAAGAAGAAGGGGAAGAGGAAGAAGAUGAAUAUGAGAAGCAUCUCAAAGAGGCACAUUCUUGCCAAGAUCCUCCCAAAGCUUAA